CGCCGUGUCGGGCGCAGACCAUACUGACGGAGGCGCCAUUUUGCGCUACUACUACCUUCGCGACAGGAAAAGCGUUGGUUGGUUGGAGAAGGUCGGGGCUAAGCGCUCCUUGCCCAGAUUUCUGCUUGUUUGAUCCGCCUGUGGCGUUAGAAACGCGCCGACAUGAGCGACGUGGAGGAGAAUAACUUCGAGGGGAGGGAGUCACGCUCCCAGUCAAAAUCUCCAGCUGGGAGUCCUGCUCGAGUUAAAUCAGCGAGUAGGUCAGGAUCUCGUAGCCCUUCAAGAGCUUCUAAACAUUCUGAAUCGCGUUCUCGAUCAAGAUCCAAAUCCAGGUCCAGAUCCAGAAGGCAUUCUCACAGGCGUUACACUCGCUCUAGAUCUCAUUCACAUAGGAGGCGAUCACGAAGCAGAUCAUACACCCCAGAGUAUCGCCGUCGAAGGAGUCGCAGUCACUCUCCCAUGUCUAACCGAAGAAGGCACACUGGCAGCAGAGUAUGUAGUGCUAAUCCAGAUCCUAAUACAUGCCUUGGAGUAUUUGGCCUCAGUUUGUAUACCACUGAGAGGGAUCUUCGUGAAGUCUUCUCCCGUUACGGACCUUUGUCUGGUGUCAAUGUAGUAUAUGAUCAGCGGACUGGUCGAUCAAGAGGAUUUGCUUUUGUUUACUUUGAAAGAAUAGAUGAUUCUAAAGAGGCAAUGGAACAUGCAAAUGGAAUGGAACUGGAUGGCAGGAGGAUCCGGGUGGAUUACUCCAUCACGAAGAGAGCACACACACCCACCCCAGGCAUUUAUAUGGGCAGGCCAACCCACAGUGGAGGUGGUGGUGGAGGUGGAGGAGCUGGCCGUCGCCGUGAUUCCUAUUAUGACAGGGGAUAUGACAGGGGAUACGACAGAUAUGAAGAAUAUGAUUAUCGUUACAGGAGGAGAUCACCUUCACCCUAUUAUAGUCGUUACAGAUCACGAUCAAGAUCUCGUUCCUACAGCCCAAGGCGUUAUUGAAGAACAGAAGCUAGUUACAGUUGCAAAUACAAUUUUUAAACAACAAGUUCUAACUUUAGCUUUUCCUAUGGAUCUCCAGCAGUUAUCCUAAACCCUGUAUAAGAUCCUUAUACCAUUUAGAAUAUAUGUUUUUCAGUUGAAAUAUCAGUUUUCCAUCUCUUCUUAUUGUAAUACUCCAAGUGUAAGCUUUAUGUACGUAAUACUUUUCAGCAAAACGAAAUAGGAAUCCCAAAGUGUUAAUAGAUUUUGUAAAACUUCUUUUUGUUUUUUAAGCAGGUGGGAUUUUUGUUGAACUUAAUGGGGAGAAAAGAAAGAAUUGGUGUGUGUUAAAGCUUGCAUGUUGUAUUUCAGUAGAAACCUAUUUGAAUAACCUGUUCAUUUUUUGUUUGCAAAACGUGCUGUCCUGUAUCUUUGAUUAUAGCACAACUUAGUACGUAUCCCUAAACCAGAGAGUUUUCAUUUAUUGUUCCCAUUGUAAUUAUUACAACAAUAUUGGAGGAAUUUCUGUGGAAAAACCAAAAUCUUGUACAUUGCAAAUUAUGCCUCAGUAUGUGUUAGAUAAAAUCAUCUCAUUGCUAAUGUG